AGGCCACAGCACCCAUCAAUGAGCGAAGGCCGACGGCGAAGCCCCCAUCAAGUUAGUGCGACCUGGCAGGUUUGGCGCGGCCGAUUUUCUCCCUCCUUCCCCGCCCCCCCCUCCCUCCCCUUCCGACGUGGGGGCCCGCCAUUGGAACCCCCCCCCUCCCCCAUCAUCCACCUCAGCACCACAGGUGAGGAGGGGGGAAAAAUCGAGAAAAUUCGACGGCGGAUGGUGACAACAUGAAACCCUAACUUCAAGAGGCAAGAUUACGAAAGAAGCUUUCAAUGGUCUCCUAUCAGAACUCUCCUGAAAUUGUUUCAUCAUUCAAUUGCCAGUGUUGACGGUGGUCUCUUGGACUGUUGCAUCUUGAAGGAGAGGGGGCUGGUGAAAAGAGAAUAUUGGAUCGCCUCAAAAUGUUUGGACAGAAAAGACACCGACUCCUACAAAGUCGGUAAUCUUACUAUCCAAGCUGAAAACAUGUGACGUUCUUCUGUCAGUUGGGAGCCAGAGAGAGAGAGAGACAGAUAAUCGUGCAGGCUUGCGAUCAUGAUGUUUCGGGAUCAAGUUGGUGUGCUAGCUGGGUGGUUUAAAGGAUGGAAUGAAUGUGAGCAGACAGUAGCCCUGUUAUCUCUGUUGAAGAGGGUCAGUCGGACCCAGGCUCGCUUUCUUCAGAUCUGCUUGGAGCAUUCGCUGGCCGACUGCACUGACAUCCACAUACUAGAAGGUGAAGCCAAUGAUGCUGCUUUCAUCAGCCAAUGGCAUCAGGAUCCAAAGGAAAAGGUUGUUCUACAAUUGCUUUCCCAUCUUCCUUUACUUCAGCCUGGGAAUGUGGAGGCAAAGUCGGAAUAUAUGAAACUGCUCCAAAAGGUGUUGGCCUAUUCCAUCGAUAGCAAUCUCUUCAUCGAAGAGAGUAGACAGCUGUUAUCCUAUGCACUAAUCCAUCCUGCCACAUCACUGGAUGACCGGAGUUCUCUAGCCUUAUGGCUAACCCACUUGGAGGAACGCAUUUCAACCAACUACAGUUCGCAAAAUGUGAGCCCAGCAGACUCUAUUUACACAGGAGUGUACAACCAAAAUCAAAGGCAGAAUGUUGAAGACAAGCUAAAUGAAUGGCAGAGUCGAGCAGACAGUGGCAUGUGCAUAACUGUCCCUGCUUGGCAGGACAAGCCAAUGACUUGUGAGAAUGGACAUUUGCCUCUGCAUACAUCUGCAUCGGUGCCAUCUGCUAUCAACAACAUUGGAAGCAAUGCAAGUACAGUUCUCCAAGGCCAAACUCAAACCAACCACAGUCCUCUCAAGCGCUCAGUUUCCCUCACCCCACCAAUCAAUAUGACAAACCAGUCUGCAGUCAGCGAGUGGAUGUCUCCAGAUGACUUACGUACCAGAGCAGUCUACGCCCCAUCAGACCAUGCACCUCUCUCCCCACAGAGCAGCAUAGCCUCUUCUGGGAGUGGUGGCAGUGAGCAGACUGAGGAACAAGGGUCAAAUCGCAAUACAUUUCAGGAGGAGGGGAGUGGCAUGAAAGACGUGCCCACUUGGUUAAAAAGUCUUCGGCUUCACAAGUAUGCAUCCCUCUUCUCUCAGCUAACCUAUGAGGAGAUGAUGACCCUGACCGAACACCAGCUAGAAUCUCAGAAUGUCACAAAGGGAGCACGGCAUAAAAUAGCCUUGAGCAUUCAGAAGUUACGUGAGCGACAGGGUGUACUGAAAUCCUUAGAAAAGGACAUUCUCGAGGGAGGAAAUCUUCGCAAUGCUCUUCAGGAGCUGCAGCAGAUAAUUAUAACACCAAUCAAGGCUUAUACAACACCUCAAAUGACCCCCAAAGAGGGUCAUGAGACAGACCCCAAUAACUCCUGCAAUACUAUACCUGGACUGGGCACAGACAGUCGAACAACCAAAGCAGCUGCCGAGAAGGAUUCUACGUCUGAUGGCUUUCAGACCCAGGGUGUGUCAACGUGCGAUGGAGAGUCAGCCGUAGCUCCUGUAUCUGAAGGUGAUAUUCCUGGACAGUUCACCAGAGUCAUGGGAAAAGUUUGCACUCAGCUGCUGGUGUCCAGACCAGAUGAAGAAAAUAUAAGCUCGUACUUGCAGCUCCUAGAGAAGUGCCUGGCUCAUGAGGCUUUUACUGAAACACAGAAGAAAAGACUAUUCUCAUGGAAGCAGCAAGUGUUUAAGCUGCUGAGGUCUUUUCCUAGGAAGGCCUUGCUAGAAAUGCCAGGCGUUCGCCAGAGAAGCUGGGGUUUCAGUCAGUCGAGUUCACUUCCCACAGCCGGCUCUGUGGUUGGCGGACUAGGCAGGCGAGGCCAACGGCCAUUCCAGGUGCCUCCACGGGGUCUUUCUGCAAACCGCAUGGGUCUGAUUGGCACUUCAGCUGCUAGUCUGGGUGGUGUUUCUCCAAGGCAUACGCUUAAUCCAUUGACAAGUCAAGGGAGGCAGAACCUAUGGUUUGCGAACCCAGGUGGCAGUAAUAGCAUGCCAAGUCAAAGUCGCAGUUCUGUGCAACGGACAUACUCACUACCUGUGCAUACCUCCCCACAGGCCAUCCUGAUGUUCCAGCAGCCAGAAUGCCAAGUGCCAGUAACAGAACCUGAGAUUAAUACCAGACUAGAAUCUCUGUGUCUCAGUAUGACCGAGCACGCCUUAGGAGAUGGAGUGGACAAGACAUCAACUAUUUAGUACGCUGUACUUAGCUUGUGAACACUUAAUGAGAGACUGACAUUACACAGCAGCUGCAGGAAAUGCCACUGAAGUUUGAGGGUCACUACACCUUAAAAUGUAUAUCUUCGCUGAUCUUUAUUUAACCUUCGGGAAAAUAGACCGAUUACCAAACUACUUCCGGUCCAUUUUCCAGUAUAUUUUUGUUUUAAAGUGUUUUGUUUUUUCAGUACCCAACUGGUAAAAGGUUCUGAACCGGUACAAAUAAAUCAUAUAGUUCAAAUUUUAAUUUAAAUAAAACUGGGAAUUACAAUGAAAUUAGUGAUUGACAGUGUAAGGUGGUGAGCAGUGCUCAUGACAGGAAGAACGGAGACGGGAACUCUUGGUUGAUAUUACAAUUGUCUUAACAGAAACCUGUACAUGCUGUGCUGUCAUGUAGGUCUGGUACCCAGUGUUGACAGUACUAGGCAGUCGUACAGGUCUGGCUUUUGCAUCUGUCUAUCACUAAUUUAACCUAAAGCCUCUGGUCAACUGUCAGUGAUGCAUACAACUUAACCAUUAAAGUUUUAGAAUAUGUAAAAGAGGUAUUCUGUUCUGAAGCCCACAUUACUUUUAAAAACAAAAAUCAUUAUCCAGUGUGCUCUAGCUGCCUUCAGUUAAGCGGCUGCAAGGAGGAUUAAUCACUGUGGUGAAUAAAAUGAGGAAACAAUUGACCUUUUUUAUCUGAUGUUAUAGUGUUGCUAAUAUUCAUCUGCAUAUUUGUGCUUGUAUUGAUAGCAGAAAUAGAUCUGUGAACAGCUACUGCAUAGCGCAGUUUUGAUUGAAUUCUCUCCCUUGUCGCUUUGUUCUCCCUUCAUGGUUGAUAUAGUUUGGUUUCAUAAAUAUUGAUGUAUUGUAGGAGGCAUUUCACAAUGAAGUUCCCCUACUCCCACCCUUUUUUCAAACUUAUCAGGGUUCUUGAAGGAGUCUUGAUGCCUUUCACUUAGGCUGUGGGUAAUUUCUUUUUUGUUUGUUUUGGAAUUUCAUGGAUAUCAACUCUAUUUUGGUAAUUUGGAGCAAUGUGAUCACACUGACUUCCAGAACACUGACAAUGGGUUGAAGUGUUUGAGGUGGCAGGAGGAGUUCAAAAUGGCAGUUGGCUCUUCCAGUGGGAUUACUCCUCUUGUAUGGAUUUAGAGAAACUUCAAAGAAAUAAAAGACCUUAAAGUUUUGUUGAAGCAACACCUGUGAGCAAACAGACUGUCUAAAAUACCCUCUAGGAGCUGGCAUUUCCAAUGCUUAGCCUGCUUAAACUAAGGGAAUGUCUUUGAUAUUGGAUCCUGUCUAUUAAAAAUUAGGAUCUGAUUUCCCUGACCCCUGAAAAAUAAAAUGGAAAUUGGCCCUUCCCUCAACCUCCUCCACUAUAAUGUCCACCUUCAUCACUGUGAGCUUAUGAACCCAGAGUAGAACAUAGCGAAAAAAAAAGUUUAGUCUUGUACCAGAACAGUUGAGAAUCUUGCUGCAGAAAUUCUGGGAUUAAACCUGUAACUCACCCAUUUCAGCAAGUUCUGCUCAGUGUCUUCGGAUGGAAUUCAGGGUCUGUCCUGAUGCUUUACGUCUAACAUGAAUUUUGCCAAAUUGGCAAAAUCUAGACCAACAAAUGAGUUGGUGGGAGGGGCAGGGGAGAAGAGUUUAUGAAUCUAGUUUUGCUGCAGGGCACUCCAGUUUUAUUCCUGAUCAGUGACAUGGCAGGAAUUUAACACCAAAUAAAUCUGAGAGAUCAGACAUUCUCACUAAGACUUUGUACUGAUAAUUCCGUUUUUUUGGUUGUUCGUGCUGCCCAUGAACAGAAAUCUUUUGUAGCCAAAUGGUGAGACACUGAUGUUUGACUUUUUCAAGCAUGUUUGCAUUUCAUGUUGCUUUCAUUUGACAGGGAAUAUGUAAACUUAUAAAUGCAGGCAAAUUGCGCAAAGAACAAUCUCCUGCCUCCAAUUGGAGACACGUGUUUGGGGGUGGAAAAGAAACAGUCUCUUUCUUCAUUCGUCCAAAUGCAAUAUUGACAGCAAAAAACUCUUUUUCUGCAUUUUUGUAAUGUGGUGUGUUCAGAACACAAUAUUUCUUCUUGUAAUGAUGCAAGAAAGGUAACCUUAUUUUUUUGAAAAACUUAACAAAAGAAGCGAGAAGUUAGGGAGAUGUGUAUUUGUGUAACCCUCCCUGAUCGCUUACAGUUGCAUUUAAAGAGAAUUCAUAGGUCAUAAUUUUCUAGCAUGAGGCACCGAAUGGGAGGGGGGAGGGGAUGUGUAUGUUCAAAGAAGGAAGGUUUCAUGUAUAUAGUAAAUGUAUGUAUGGAAAAGUGAGAUUAAUUCUCAAAAGGGUAUCAGUUAUAUAAGGGUCUGUUUAUAUGAAUCACAUUUUGUUUUUGGAGUCUUGUGGCUUCAGCAAAGAAGUUUUAUGUGUUUACAUUUUAGGAGGGGGACAUGCACAACACAUGCAUGACUUUAAAUGACUUUGGAUAUCAUAAUGAUCCUGUCGCACUGACCAAUAGACAUGUUCUCAACUUGCCUCAGUGCUGUUCCAGCUGCCAUCGUCUUGAAGAGGCGAGUACAGGGGUAGGAAAACCAGUGCCCACUCCCAGAGCAGACUCUAAAAGAACAAAGAAUUUGAUUGUCCCAUGCAAGGAAUCACCUGUACUCAUAAAUUCACUUCCUUUUUGCACAAUUGUUUUGUCCAUUUCUCAGUACAGAUGCUGAAUGGCUGCCCUAAUUAAAGCAGGGGUAUAAGGCAGUUGAUCAUCCUGUUCAUGAAAAGAAUGGAAGUGAACCUUUCCUAGUCACCUAAUUCCCUAUUCUGAGAACAUGAAAACCCAAAUUCUAGUGGCAAGAUAGAAGAAGAUAGAGGCAAGUACCUGAGAAGUACUUUCCACAGGAUCCAACUGGAAAAUAAUUUGUACAGCAUGUUAUUAUACACAGAAUUAGAAAUCCCUGUUGAGAUUUGUGCCCAUAAUUUUUGCAACUUCUGCAUGAAAUUUACUUUUACAACUCCUACCUUGCAGCUGCAGGAAAGAUAUUCUUUUUUUAAAAAGAUUUAUACAAAAGCCAUGGGUACGUUCUAAAACUGGGUGCCUUGUAUGCCAAGUUGGCUGAUUGGCCUAACUGCUCGCAUUUAAAUCUGUGUGAGAUUUAUCCAGGCUCUGAAGGGAAGUUAAAAUGAGGGUGGUCUUUUCUUUCCAUUCCAAAAUACAUGAUACAGUUUCCUGCUCCUUAUGUGCCUUCAGAAUGCAAGGGUUAAUAUUCCUAACUCCUUUAUCAUUUUUGCUUUUGAAGUACAGCAACCUGUCCCUUAUAGUUUAUAGUUUUAAAAUUCAUAAAAUGAUGUCCCUGGAUGUGUUUUGCAUCACUUGUUUGAACACUGCUGCAGAACAUGGUUCAUUAUUGCACUUUUCUCAAUGUGCUGGCCAUUUCUGUUGCUGAGCUGUGGGGAGACUGACUUUGUUUUUGCUUGCAAGGGUUCCCUGGCCCUUUCAGAGGCUACAGUUUCAUAUACUGUCUCUAAAAACAGUUUAUGGCUGCAGCUAAGCACUGAAAUUGCCAUCUGUUUAUGUUGCUUGGUGUCAUGGGUGCUAAAUUGUCUGUGGAAAACCAAGACUUGUCACCAUCUACACUUUUUUUUAAAAAAACAAUCUGAUAAAUUUAAGUCGGGCUUGAAUAUUCAACUUCCAUCAACCUUUACAAAGUUGGGUGCAAAGUGUGGUGAUGAGAGACCAAUAUGGAGUCUCCAGAAUAUGGUUAUUUUCCAAACUCUGUGUAGAGAUGAUAGAUAAAUUGUUAUGCCAUCUAGGUAGGAGGCACUGUUAUAUAGUAAACUUUUUUAUAAUCUCUUCCCUUUUAAAGCUGUUUGCUUCUCAAUUAGCUGGAAUGUGCACCCCUGCCUCAGCCCCAGAUUGUACUUGUGCAAAUGCAGUGAAGCAGUCUAAUACUUGGCCCUUUUGAGUUGUCAUUUUUUAAAUAUUUUCUAAGCCCCAACCCAAUUCUGUCCCUCUUCCUAUUCAACUGAACUCUGAAACCAUUUGGAGCCCUGCCACUAAUGCAUGGUGAGAUUGCAAAGUUCACUCCCUAAAGGAUAUUUCUGUAGUGUUGGUAAAAGGCUGACUUAUGACUAAGUGGAGAACAAUGUCACGAGCUACAUUAUCCAUCAUUUUUUGCUAAAAUUAAAUGACAUAAAAAUGUAGAUAUGUCCCAAAAGUCAUUGUGUAAGUUCUUAUGAAUCUUCUGUUAAAUAUACAUUUAGUCUAUUAGAGUUAAUGGAUUUUCAGACUAUUGAUUGGUAUCAAUGUUGCAAGUGCUGCAGGGACUUAAGUCCAGAUGAGUUGAAUGUUUAAAUAUUUUUCCCCUUCCUGGAGAAGUCUUUUUUUCGCAGCAGCCCAGGUAGUGAGGGGAAGGGAAAGGGGAACUUUGUAUGUAGUGCAUGUAGCUGGAAUGUCAGAAGACAUGCUAGUAAGUAACUCACCCUGUCCUUUCUUUUCACUCCACCCCAGCCAUGAAAGACUGCAGAAUGCAUAAACGUUCUGCAUCGCUGUUCCAUUAGAAUUUUUUAAAAGCAAAACAUUUACUAGUUUUAAACAUUGGGGCCUAAUGAACAAUUGAUUACUUUCCUGAGAACAAUUCCUGUUUUAAAAUAAUUUUGAAUCAUUUCUGUUAUUCACAGUACAAUUUCAACUUGAUUUAAAUUAAAAAUGCAGAUCGUAACUCAUAAGUAUGCCUUUCACAGCAGUCUGGUAAAUCUCACACUGAGCAUCUUCUGAAUGCAGUUCUGCAGAAGUUUCAAUUUGCUGUGUCUUUUUGUAUUCAGCCAGUGCAACAAGGCAGUCGUUUAAUGUCAAGCCAUUUAAGGAAUCUUCCCUUGUCCUUUCCUUUAGACCAAGUAAAACGAGAUUAGGGUUUUAUAAAUAUCCCACUUUACCACCCUUGAGUGUAUUGGUCUGUUUAAGAGAUUUCUUUUUUGGUAUCAACAGUUGUACAGCUGUCCAGGGCAUUGCCAUAGCAACAAUUUCCUGUUUUAGAAUAACACUUGAAAUUAGAGGCUUGAACUGGGUAUAGAGGGGCAGGCUCCCCUGUAAGGCUCAACCCAGUUCCUAUUCAGACAUCUGCCCACUGUAUGAUGCAGCCUUGUGUAUUUUGUGAGUGUUGAGUGUUUAUGUGAGGUAUGUAUUGCACCACCAUCUGGGUAAAUUGACAAAAGAAAUGAACGGCCACUUCAAUCUGUUUCCAUUCCAGACCUUGAGUGGAUAAUUUAUGGCAGCAAUUACACUAUUUAACUGACCCAUUAAUAGGUAAUAUUCAUUUAUAAAAAUGCAGACUGACUCAGAGCAUGUAAAAUAAAACUUGUUACAGGCCCUGAUGCGAGACUGUGUCUCGUCUACUUUUUUUUCAAAUCUAGGAACUAGAUAAAGUUCAUCUCUAUGCAGGGUUUGUCCCACAAUUACAAAGGUUUUAUUUGACUUAAUUCAUGGUUUUCUGAGUUCUUCUACCCAGCUUGUUUUCACCAUGCAUUUAUGUAUUGAAGAUGUGUCUGCAUGAGAGAGCUGCACAGCAUGUAGGUUUUGUGCAAUUGAAUCUGAUUUUUAAAACCAAUUCAUGAAACAAUAGUUGAAAACUCACUGAGGGACAGUCAAUGGCAUUAAGCAUUUUAAGGCUUCAGGCUUCACCAUUGAUUUGGCUUUGAAAUGUGAAGUUGAAUUUGAAGCUUUUCUAUUCAUGGUUAUCUGUAAAGCUUAGGGGAAAGAAGGACAAGUCCCUUGAAUUGACUAAUUUGAUAAGUGAGUUCAAUUUGGAAUCCUGAGCUCCACAUGACACUAAUUUGGGCUGAACUAGAAGGGGGAGUUGGUUGUGGAAAGAGUGUACUAUCUGCUCUGGAACCCUAUAUGGGAUUACCCAACCAGAAUUCUUCAAAUUGAAGAAAGCCCUGGCUCUGUGUUCCUUUUGUGUAACAAGGUUAUGAUGAUCCAUGCCUCUGAAGUAAAGUGUAAUAUAGGAUGGUUUGUUAAUACAGACAUGAACUGUAAGGAACUAACUAAGGUCUGGAAUGGAUCAAACUGGAAUGGGAUCUAAACCAAAGUCAUUUAAAGCAUUGUGUUUGAAGGUUCGCUUCCCCCCCCACCCCUCUUGUACAAGCUACGAUACAUGUUUAAAACACAAGUUAAGUUACCCUUUUCUAUUAUACAGUUAUUAUUUUUAAAAGCCUUUGCAGCAGGUUUGCUUCCUCGUGUAAAAGGGAAGUUGUACUUUCCAAGACCGAAUUAGAGAGGGCUUUGGGUGGGAGGGGCUGGGUGGGUGGGGGGGUUGAAGUAUGAGAGAAUAGAGGAAUGUUAAAGCAGUGUUGAAAUGUUUCAAGUCUGUAGCAGCUGAGUUUGUGCUGCUGGACAAGGGUUGGGGAGGGGGGAGAGAAUUUUAAUAGCCAAACUUUGGAAUAUGCCUGUUCCUUAAAUAUUUUGCUUUUCAAGGCCAGAACGGACUCAUUCCUGGUUUCUAAAGUUUCACUUCACAUUCUUUUGGCACCUUGACAAUUAAACAUGCUUGAACAUAUCCAUUUCUGGGAGCACACUAACUGUGGGGCCCUUCACUUCUGUUGCACACAACUUUACAUCCUGGUUAAUGGAUCAAAGGUUGUUUAGUUUUGGCAUAGCCAUUAAUGUAUUUCUCAGACCAGGAAUCCUGGUGUCGUUUGGACAGAUGCAGUCCUGAAUAAAAUUUUGUUUAUGUUGAGCAGUCAUAUUAUUUGCAAAGCAUCAGAAAGUUCCUUUUGGUAACUCUGUUUCAGAAUGUCCCAGAUUUGAUACCUGGGCUAGGCUGAUCUCCAUGGGGUAGCAGUUCCUCAGGAGGAAAUGAAGUCCAACUGUUUUCCUUUUUUUUUUAGAGUAAGCUAUUCCCCUAAUCCUGGAGACUACAAGUGGAUGUUUAGGUGAGAACGGAAAUGCCAUUGGCUUGUGCUAGUCACCUCAUUCAACUGAUGUAUUGACAUUGCUACGUCAGUUUUUUGAUGGCGCAGACAGAUUGCUUUAAUUGAUUCACCUGGAAGAGAAAAGGAGGAAGUUGACCCCAGAACUGAUGCAGUGUCACAUCCUGAAUGAACUACUUUUGUGUAGCUGCACUCUGGGAGAAAUUGAAUUUGGACACCAAAGCCCCUCUUGUCCAGUGAGAUUCAUUUAUAUUCUUCACAUCUAUUCACUCAUGAAAAGUACUCAGUGAUCUUGUGAUUAAAACUCCACAGUAACAAAAUAAGAUUUCUUCUUUCACCUCCCCCACCCCCCAAAAUUCUCCUGAAUCUAUAAUUUGACCCAAUCAUUAGUCAGUUUACUAAACUUCAAUUGAGGAAAUCUACCCCAGAGUGAAGUUUCUAAAGGAACCAGGAAUCUCUGCUCUGGUGCAAAGUUAGGUCAUCACUUUGUGUUCUGUCUGAUGCCAGGAAAAUAAUUUUCUUACUA